AUGGGUGCUGAGGAGGAGGUGCUGGUCACACUGUCGGGGGGAGCCCCCUGGGGUUUCCGACUUCAGGGGGGGACCGAGCAGAGGAAACCUUUACAGGUGUCUAAGAUCCGAAGAAGGAGCCAGGCUGGCAGAGCAGGACUCCGAGAGAGGGACCAGCUCUUGGCCAUCAAUGGGGUCUCCUGCAUGGGCCUCUCUCAUGCCAGUGCCAUGAGCCUCAUUGAUGCCUCAGGGAAUCAGCUUGUCCUCACUGUCUGGCGGAGAGGGGAUGAAGGGGCUGUCCGAUCUCUGUCCCCUGGUGAGCUUCAGGUGCUGUCACCCUUGUCUCCGAUGAGUCCUGAGCCCCUUGGGACUCCAGUUCCUCAGUCUCUGCAACCUGGGAGCCUUCGUUCACCUCCUGAUAGUGAGGCUUAUUAUGGAGAGACAGACAGUGAUGCUGAUGGUCCCACCACCCAAGAGAAGCCCCGGCGACCCCGCCGCCGAGGUCCCAUGAGGCCUGUCCCUCCAGGUGCUUCACCUGAUGAGGUCUACUUGUCUGACAGUCCUGCAGAGCCAGCACCUGCUGUCCCUGGCCCUCCUAGCCAGGGUGACAGCCGUGUGAGCUCCCCAUCUUGGGAGGAUGGAACAGCCCUUCAACCACCCCCAGCUGAAGCCCUGCUGUUGCCCCAUGGGCCCCUCCGGCCUGGUCCUCAUCUCAUUCCUAUGGUGGGGCCUGUACCCCACCCAGUGGCAGAAGAUCUCACUACCACCUAUGCUCAGAAAGCCAAGCAAGCCAAACUACAGCGUGCAGAAAGCGUCCAAGAGAAGACUGUAAAGGAGGCCAAGACCAAAUGCCGGACCAUUGCAUCCCUGCUCACUGCUGCUCCCAACCCUCACUCCAAGGGGGUGCUUAUGUUUAAGAAGCGGAGGCAGAGAGCCAAGAAGUACACACUAGUGAGUUUUGGGGCUGCGGCCGGGACAGGCGCCGAGGAGGACGCUGUUCCCCCUACGAGUGAGUCUGAGCUAGACGAAGAGGCCUUCUCCGACGCUCGUAGCCUCACCAAUCAGUCGGAUUGGGACAGCCCCUAUCUGGAUAUGGAGCUGGCGAGGCCGAAUUCAGGCACUGUGGAGGGACAGGGCCCUGGGCAAGGAGGGCAGCUGAGUGAGGCGUCUGGGCGAGGGGCUCAGCUCUUUGAACAGCAGCGGCAGCGGGUAGACUCCAGGUCUCAGGACCUGGCCCAGGAUGGCUCACCAGUUACCGUCAAUGGGCAGGUCCUGCAGUUACCCCCUCGGGCCCAGAGUGUACCCCCAGAGGCGGAGGUGCUCCCACCCAGCCCUUUGCCGGCCCUUGUAACCAGUCCCAGACCCUUUCUGCCUGGCGGUGGCGCUUCUUCCUCAUCUCCUGGCAUCUUUAACCGGUCAGCCAGGCCAUUUACUCCAGGCUUACAAGGGCAGCGGCCAGCUGGUACUACCUCGGUUAUUUUCCGGCCUUCAGCCCCUAAGAAGGUGAAUGACAGCCUGGGAUAUCUCAGCUCCCCCCCAGCCCCGCCUCCUUUCUUGUCCUCCCCGCCGGAGCCCACCUUUCUGUCUAGCUUUACUGCAGGGGUUCCCAGUCAUGUGCCAGCCUCCAGCUCCCCAAGCACUCCGCGCUCUUCGGGCCCGGUGACAGCCACCAGCUCCCUGUAUAUCCCAGCUCCCAGUCGUCCUGUUACUCCAGGCGGAGCCCCUGAGACCCCCACUCCCUCGAGCGCAGCUGCCAUGACCUCCACCGCUUCUAUCUUCCUCUCGGCGCCUCUGCGACCUGCUGCGCGCGCAGAGAUGUCGGUCUCAGGCCCAGCUGCCCCUGAGCCCCCCAGUUCGCGAGAGCAGCGUAUUUCAGUGCCAGCUGCCCGCACAGGCAUCCUGCAGGAAGCCCGGCGCCGGGGGACUCGGAAGCAGAUGUUUCGGCCUGGAAACGAGGAGACAAAAAAUUCGCCUAAUCCUGAGCUGCUGUCGCUGGUGCAGAACCUGGAUGAAAAACCCAGGGCCGGGGGUGCUGAAUCUGGUCCAGAGGAGGACGCGCUGAGUCUCGGGGCCGAAGCCUGUAACUUUAUGCAGCCACUAGGGGGAAGAAGUUACAAGGCCCCGCCCCCUAGGACCCCGCCUCCAAUGGCUCCCAAGACUCCACCCCCAGUGGCUCCUAAGCCGCCUUCUCGAGGGCUUGUGGACAGCCUAAUGAAUGGGGGAAUUCCUUCGUCUGGAAUCUCUGAGCCACCGAGGCUGCAGGGCAGGGGUGGGGAGCUGUUUGCCAAGCGUCAGAGCUGUGCAGACAGGUACGUGGUCGAAGCCGCACCUGGUCCUGGCCUUGGCCCUAGCCCUCGGCCCAGAAGCCCUUCUCCCACUCCUUCCCUGCCCCCAUCCUGGAAAUAUUCACCCAAUAUCCGUGCUCCGCCGCCUAUUGCAUACAACCCUCUGCUCUCACCCUUUUUCCCGCAGGCUGUUCGAACUCUACCUAGUAAGACUCAAUCCCAGGGGCCACGGGUCACUCCCAAACAGGGAAUCAAGGUUCUUGAUUUCAUGAGGCACCAGCCCUACCAGCUUAAAACUGCUAUGUUCUGUUUUGAUGAGGGUCCCCCAACUCUGGGCCCCACUGCUUCCGGGCCUCCCAAAACUGCCCGAGUCCAAGAGAUCCGCAGGUUUUCCACUCCGGCACCCCAGCACACUGCAGAGCCCCUGGCCCCCACAGUGCUUGCCCCCCGAGCAGCCACUACAUUGGAUGAGCCCAUCUGGAGGGCAGAGCUGGCCUCAGCCCCUGCCCCUAGCCCAGCUCCUACUCCAGAGUCUCCCAGAGGCUUUGGAGCCUCCCCCAGCUCCUGUGGCUUCCAGGUAGCCCGGCCAAGGUUCUCAGCCACCAGAACAGGAUUGCAGGCUCAUGUGUGGAGGCCUGGGGCAGGGCACCAGUAA